AUGUCAAAACACACAUCAGGAAAAUCGAGCAGCUCUGGUCUGACUCCCAGUCAGAAGGCGGCCCAGACCAGAGCCAUCAACCGCAAGCGUCAAGAAGAACAAGAUGCAAAAGAACUGAACAAGCCGACUGUUCCUCGUGAUGCUAAGAGAAAGGCUGCGGAAAAUCGUGUAUGGGUACAGAAGAAACAACCUUCCCAAGCCCCGGGUCGGAAACGUGCGGGGUCUGUGAUGGCACCCGCAACAACAAACCGGACCAAAAAGACCAAGAAAGAUGAUCAUACGUUGGACAAGCCUGAGACCGAUGCAGCGGCUGCACGGACCCGCUCUUACAAACCGGCGGUCAUCACAUCUGAUUCAGAAGAGUCAAAUACCCCGUCCAACGCGGAUGACAGCAACAGCAAUGGGGAGGACUAUGCUGAGCAGGAGGCAGAGAUGAUAGAGUCUGAUGACGAGCGCCUUAUGCGGAUGCCUGCAGGUCCGCUUGCGGAUGCCCUCGAGUAUGAGGCUCCGUCAUUCAACGAUGCCGCCGAAUACCCCAGCGACGAUGACUACGACAUAGUCUUGCACGCACCGCCGAAGAUGCGGCGUAAGUCAAGCGCCUCGUCUUUUAACUCAAGCACUGUCAGCAUUCCGGAUGUUGAAGACUCUGACGAUGAGGCUCCAUCGGCACCCCGACGCUCCUCGAUGCAUUCGACUAAAUCUUCCGCUCAUUCAAUUCGAACGUAUGAUAGCGUGGGUUCGGGUAAGGCACUGGUCCAUGGGGCUCCCAAGGCGAUUGAUCUCUUUGAGGACGACGACCAUGUUAUCGGGGAGGGCCGUCAGAAGGCCAAAGGCGUCAUUACCAAGGGCGGAGACAAGAAUUCAAGUUCCGCGCUAUCUAGUCAGACAGCAUACACGGUCGAGGGUAAGCUCCACAAGAAAGUGAAGUCAAAGCGUGAGCAGGAUCACGAGCAGGAGGCACCCAUCUGGCCUCGACAUCAUGAAGACGUUGACCAGAAGAAGUUAAGGCGGGCUCAUCGUAAGGGCCUUAAGGCGGUUACUCAUCGCCCUGGAGCCCGUGAUGACGAUGACAUUAUCCUGGUCGCCUCGGAUGACGCCGACAAUUCAUAUGACAUGACAGUGCUGAUUUACAAUGAGCGUGGUAAGCUCAAUCUUACAUCGCAGACACAGGAGAUCCAGGCCGUUGCGCGCAGAGGCAUUGACUACAUACACGUUCAAAUUUUCACGAAGCACGCCUACCCCGAUUCCGGCAAACGGAAUGAAGUAGCACUCGACGCCUGUGCAAGUGCAGCUGAGGACUUAGGGCCUCACUACAAGCCAAUACUGGACCUCCUGCGGGACAAGACACAAGUAGAGUUUCGUAAAGCCGUUGCUGAUAUUGCUGACGGCCGGAUCAGUACCAUACGCCGUGACGUCAAGAGUAUUGCGUCCGGACAUUGUGUCGGACACUACGGGCUCAGGCAAGAUAGUGCCACAUACGUCAAAAAUCUCCUGCAGGCUCAGCGGUACAUCUUUGAGGGAGAUCACCGGGAAGGACGUGUGAACUACAAGCUUCCCUGGCGUCAGGGGGCUAUUGUAGCUAUCCUGCGGCAGGCGUUCAGUGCGGUGUUGACGAUGGUAUGGCUGGGUGACGAGGCAAUGAUGGUGUUGCUGAUGGUGUCGGUGACAACGUGGUAG